UGUGUUACAGAUUCUUAUGCAGCAUUUUCUACUGAUGUUACUGGAUCAACUUCAGCACCUGAACAAAGUGAAGUUGCACCAAGGAGGCCCUGGCGACCAGACCUAGAUUGUUGGGAUACAGAUCCAGAAGGUGUAUAUGGAUUGAGACCACAAUUUCUGAAAUCUUUAAACAUUACACCACCUUUGAAUAAAAUGGUUCAUGUAACAAAUUUUAGAUGUGACAAAAAUGAAUUGAAAGAAGUGAUGCAGCUUGCUGGCGAAGUUCUCAUGUGUUGUGUGGUGAGCGCAACGCAAAGAUAUGCUAAAGUAAUGUACAGCCAUCCUUUGGAAGCCGUUCAGGCCAUUUCAAUGUUGAAUGGGCAAAUGUACUACGGAAAUCCUCUUAAAAUCGUAAUGGACAAAAACUUAGGAGAUAACAUUAUUCUGCCCAAAGGUUUGGCCAACAUUGGCGCAGGUUUAGGUGUCCAAGGUAGACCAAUACGAAACAUAGUACAUGAGUACCAGAGAUUUAUUAAAAAACAGAGUAACUUAUUAAGUCCUGUAGUAUUUUCUGAAAUUGAUUUCAGUAACAAUAACAUUGUAAGAGAAGAUAAUUCUGAAGAAAUUCAAGAGAAAAUAAACGACUUUUUAAAGACAAGUUUAGGGUCUAAUAACGCUAAUUCAAUUAAUUUGAGAACUAAAAAUAUUGAGGAUUUAUUAAGUCAAGACUCUAAUUCUAAGGAUGGUAGUGAUAGGAGCACUCCUGAAAGUUUGGGCUCUAAACCUAUUGAUGCUACAAAAAAGACUUGUAUAGGAACUCCCUCUCCUAAUGAUUCCUUUCCUAAAAAUGGUUCUACAAGACAAAUUCCACCUCAUAUAUCAACGCCUGCAGUUGGCUCAGCACCUCACAAUCCUUUAGUCAGAUUUGGGGGCUACAGACCCCCAAACAUACUUAACCCUCCUGUCCCAUUGCAUAACCCUUUGCCUGGUCCCAGCGAGCGAUAUUACAGGCCUGGUAACCCUGGUCAAGUGCUCGAGCCUCCCAGGAACUUUGGGCCUAGGCCUUAUAUGCCGAUGCAACGAGUUCCUCCUUUUCAUUCUCAAGUUAUGCCAGGCCCUUUCCGUCCUGCGCCCAGGCCUCAGGGCCCGCCGUCGAAUUUCAGUACGCCUAGGCCAAAUCCAAAUCCUGGGAAUCGAGUGACUGUUAAGUUUACAAAUCUGCCCCCAUCUACGACAUUUCCUCUUCUCUGUGAGCGGCUGACUCAAUGUGGUCAAGUGAUGUCGGUCCAACUGACCACCCCGGGAUGUGCUAUCGCCACUUUUGGCCAUCCAUCACAUGCUGACAGAUGUAUACAAACAUUUAACGGUAUGAACAUCGAAGGAUACAUAAUGGAAGUUAAUUUUCUGUAAAUUGGGUAAGUAUGAAAUUUAUUUGCCAGUGACGAGGUAUUUGAAGCUGGCUGCUCUCUAAAAUAUAACAUUUAGCAUUCUAGUGCAUUUUAGAUUAAUUAAUUUAUUAGGGAAGGUGUAUUAAAGUAUUUGAAAACCAUAAUCCAUCUGCGACAUUUUUCAUAUAUCAUUUAGUUAAAAUUUAACAUGCAUAGCGAAAAUCAUUUUAUGUUAGUAUUUUUACUGCAACAUAUACUUUCUAAAAGUCUACUACUUACUUAAAGUUUUGUCAUUUAGUAAUAAGUUAGUUAGCAUGAUCAAAGGUCCAUUUGCUUGUUCAAUAAAAAUAUGUUUAAUCAUUUAAAAAUAACCAUUAAUAUUACAUUGUUCUGUAACCUAGAUUAUUAAAUAGAUACUAAACAAUAUUCUUUAACUAGUGGGUUAAUUAUGUUGUUUAAUUUUUCAAAGUCAAAGUCAAAUCAUUUAUUUCAUUUAGGCCUUUACAAGCAUUUAUAUAAAUAAGUUUGA